AUGGCAUUAACUUACAAGGAAAGACUGGAAUUCCUGGAAAGCCUGAAGAAAGCGCCCGUUGAUCUGGCUGUUGCAGACAGAAUGGUGCUCUAUGCACGCGACAGAGUUUUGGCGAGACCUACUCUUCUGAGUCUUGUUCGGGAACUCACGAAUCUUGAUGCUUACAUCAGCGUGAUGUAUGGGGUACUGACCCAGGACGAGUGGGAUGAGGCGGUGUCUGACUAUGACACACCCAUAGAAGGAGACCAUGCAAAGCUUAGAGAAAAGAUUAGGACGUUUCUGUUUGCAUAUGAGCACCUGGACAAUGCCAUCUAUGACUUCAAGAUCGACGAGGUUCUCAGGGCUUUCGAGACUUCACUUCUUUCAAGGACCCGGAACAUACAAUUUCUCCUUUUCAAGCUGUGCUGCAGAAAUCCACAGGCUGUCUUUGGGUUUCUGUUUGAGUUGGCCCGCAAAAACCCAACUGUAUUUCUUCCUUAUCUGUCGUCCCUAAUUGUGAGGUGCAAGACGGCCGAGGAUCUCAAGACGAUGUACAUCAGAAACUUCCUGGCAUACAUCAGAUCCCUUAGCAGGUCUCCCUCGAUUCAAUCUGUCGUUGCAUAUCAGUGUUUCCUGUACAUCUGCUGCUUCAGGAGGGAAGUUGUUGUGGAUGCAAAGGAUGUUAUAGACUGGAUCUUUGUAUCUGGUAUGGCAGGGCGGAUGAACAGAAAUGUUGUCGAGAUGUUCUGUGGGCUGUUUGGGUAUGAAUGGAAGGUAUUUUCCAGUUACGACCACGACUGCCUAUACUUUUUUCCUUUUGACCUGCCAAUACUAGACGAGGUGGCAAACACUAUCCAUGAGUUUUACAUCCACUUCAGGAGAUGA